UCACACACGGCUCACACCCAGCUGUUUGUUAGGGAACAAAGAAGAUGGGGGUCAAACCACGAGAUAGGGGGACUGUAUCAAACUAUGUUAUAGCCACCCCCUUUGUCUUCUCUACUGACGAACUAUAGCUCCAAACCAACCUCACACAAGCUUAUCUCAUCAGCAAUAGUGUCAUAUCCAAAAGGAAGUGGCAAUAGUUUUUCAUACAGCCUGACAAACGUCAAGCAACGUACGGUGAGUAAGUAUCACCCCCCCGCAAGACAAGCCGACGCAUCAGUCACCAAGUGCCAGGUACCUACCAGCCAAGUUUAGGCUUUUUAUACACAAAUACACAAGUACCACAGCACAGAGCUCUCUCGCAUCUGCCAUCCGACUUACUUCUGUACCUACAUCACUAACCUAGGUAAAUCCAACAAGAUGGAUAAGUCAACCCAGACCAAGUCCAACACGCAGGUCAAGUAUGUGUCGCUCGCGGACGCGGAGGUGAUGCUUGGUCAGAGCAGCGAGCAGCGGGGGCUCAGUGGGUCUGUUGCCGAAACACCCAACACCACCCCCAAUGCUCGUCGUAGUGCUACUAACGCGUCGCAGGAAUCGGGAGCAGCACCGCCAGCACCACCACCACCAUCUUCAUCGCAGCAAGUCCCUACGGCAACGCCGAGCCAGCAGCAGGAGGGCAAGAAGAAGAAGAAGACAGAGGAAGUGGAAGUGGAAGAAGAGGACGAGGGAGAAGUAUCCGGCUGCUCGCUCGACGAGUUCUGGAACGAGGCCUGCCACGACUGGGGUAACGUGCAGCCGACUAAGGCGGAGCGGACGGGGCUGGGCCGCCGCAAGGGCCUGGCGUGCUGUAAGACGGCGCCCGACUGCUUCACCUGCGGGGCCAAGCUCAAUGCCGGGAUGUUGAGCGGGGUACCUUGUAUGGUGUGCGGGUGCUUUAACUAGGUAAUUACUUACCUGGUAGCAUUGUUAGGUACCUACAUACGUAGGUAGCUUAGGUAGUUCUUUGAGGAAAGGGGGGGAGUUGAUUUUUAAGGUACCAAGAUAAACCAACCCCCUUUUUUUGCUUUCUCUCCGCUCUUUCUUCAAAGAGGGGGGAGGGGGUUUCAGACGUAAUAAAG